AAAUUCUGAAAACCAUGAAACAACAUCUAAUUUCUUUGCUUCAAAAGCAUCUCAGAUGAAGCGAGUCCAAGGUUAUGGGCUUUAUGAAAUUAAGGCAUCAAAAGACCAGGUGACCAAACAGCAUACUGAAGGUCCUCAUCAACCGCAGUCAGAGAGCAAAGACAAUGAUCUCUACCAAUCACAUGAUGAAGACUUAGGAAAUCAUCAUGCUGCUGAAGACCAUCAACAUCAACCAAGCAGUGAAGUCGAUAUACCAGACUGGAUUUAUCCAUUCAUGAUGGUGGUGUGCUUCUCUUGCAUGCUAUUCUCUAUACUGCCCUAUUUUCUACUGUAUCGAAAAUCAAAGACAACUGUGAAGACAGCCAAGGAAGUUUUUCGACUAGAAUUGCGGGUGCCUCAUGAUCAGGACCUGAAAGGUAAAAAGGUGCAACGCUCUGUUCCACUUAGGAUUGAUUCAACAAUAGAUCCAUCCUUUGAUGCUGGUCCAGAGGUUGGUGCUGCACUUAAUCAACUGGUGAAAGAGAUGGAGUCAAAGAUGUUGGACUUUAUCCUCAGCUUGAAGUCUCCUUUGAAGACACGGAAGUACGACUGUUUCAUCAUCUACAGCAGCAAUGAUGAAGACUUUGUGUACAACAAGCUGAUCCCCUUCUUCAAGAAGAACAACAUCAAGUACUGUGAACACCAGGAGCACUUUGAGCUUGGUAAAGAUAUUUUUGCCAAUGCCAACUCUUGCAUAGAAUGCAGCAGGAGAGUGGUUGCAGUCCUGUCUAAGUCUUUCUUUGAAAGUGGCUUUUGCAUGGCAGACUUAAAUGCUGCACGGGGCUAUGCUGCUGAAAACAAUGUACAAGACUUUGUCAUCUCGGUCAAAAUCACAAAUUGUGAUAUCCCCGAUAGAUAUGCCGAUAUGAAAAGGUCAACAUAUGCUGACUUGUCGGAAGAUGUGGAUGACAGUAAGACAUGGUCUCAGAUCAGGAAAGCUUUCACUGAUGUGCGCUUGGCUUCUGUAAGGAUUGAGAUGAGUUUUGAAUGUCACAAUGAGCCUGAUGUGGCAGAAGUUGUGCCUGGUCAAGAAAUCUAGGCAUCCAAAGGUAACAUUGGAUCAGGACAGCAUGACUACAUUGUACAUGUACAAAAUACCUUGAAAUGGGUUUCUAAGGGCCUUGAUGAGGAUGCAAAAGGUGCACAUGCUGUCACAUGUUGUUACAGUACUCCUUUUAAAUGUUUUGUAAAGACAUGAUUAUUUUUACAUUGCACUACUGUAUACUGUACAAUAACACUUUCCUAUAAAGACGACAUUUUGAUCAA